AUGCCAUCAGCAACAUAUUUAGAUCCCCCAGCUAUCCCGAAAUGGAAGCGGCCAGGGAAGACGGCAGAUAAGCUCGACUGGGCGGAUAUCAAAGUUAUUGAUCUGUCGACUUUUGAUGAACCUGGUGGUAAGCAGAAGUUAGCAGAAGAGCUACGAGAUGCGGUACAUCUCACUGGCUUCUUCAGCGUAACCGGUACUGGGUUUACGCAGGAAGAAGUAGAUCGCCAGUAUGAUAUCGGCCAGGCUUAUUUCGAUCUUCCACUAGAAGAGAAGGGUGAUGCCAAAUAUCGAUGUGACUUUGCACAGGGGAAUUACUUUGGGUACCGUGCUGCAAAUGAGAAGAAGAUCAUGGGCACAGAUAUUUUGGACAAUGUGGAAUCAGUCAAUAUUCCGAAGUUCAUACCAACGAAUGAGAAAGAGCCUUUCCAUCCCUUCCUCCGCCAGUUUCACGCAGAAAUUGAAGACUUCUCAAGGCGUUCCCUCGAGCUAGCAUCCAAGAUCUUUACUUUAUUCUCCAUCAUCCUUGAGCUGCCGGAGGAUUACUUCUCAAAACAGCAUGCGUACGAAGACCAAUCGGAAGACCAUUUGCGAUACAUGAUCUACCGACCGCGCUCGGCUGAGGACGACGCAAAGGUCCAAGAUACAUGGUCCCGCGCACACACCGAUUUCGGAAGUCUAACCCUGCUCUGGAGUCAGAAUGUAGCAGGUCUGCAACUCAAAACACCAGCCGGAGAAUGGAAACAUGUACCACCAGUCGACAAUGGAAUCAUCUGCAACGUCGGCGACACACUCGACUUCUGGUCUGCAGGCUACCUCAAGUCGACCAUACACCGAGUCCAACGGCCGCCGGAAGACCAGGCCCACAUCCAUCGCUUGGGACUGUUCUACUUUGUUAGGCCCGGCAAUGAUGUCGACAUCAAGCCUGCGCCGUCACCGCUGUUGAAGAGGCUGGGGCGCGUGGCUGAGAACCAGGAAGAUGCGAAGCCUGUGAGGGGGCUGGAGUAUGUGCGCGAGAGGGUGAAGAACUAUCACAAUCACAAUGAUUACGCGGACAUGAAAGGGAAAAAGUUCAAGGUUGGCAAUUUGGAAAUCGAGGAUGAAGCUGCGUAA